AUGAUGAGCACCGUCCGGGAGAACUCGCAGCAAGACCGCCGCGUCUAUGUCGGCAACUUGUCUUACGAUGUCAAAUGGCAUCAUCUCAAAGAUUUCAUGAGGCAGGCCGGAGAGGUUCUCUAUGCCGAUGUCUUGCAACUUCCCAAUGGAAUGUCGAAGGGAUGCGGAAUUGUGGAAUAUGCUACGAGGGACCAAGCUCAGAAUGCUGUCCAAACUCUCAGCAACCAGAACCUCAUGGGGCGCCUGGUCUAUGUCAGAGAGGACCGGGAAGCUGAGCCUCGAUUCAAUUCUGGUGCCGCUGGGGGCGCUGGAGGCGUCGGCCGCGGCGGAUUCGGGCAUGGUGGCCCCAUGGGCUUCCAAGGUGGCCACGGUGGAUAUGGCGGCGGCAUGGGCGGUAGCAACGACCGCCAGCUCUACAUAUCCAAUCUUCCCUACACUGUCGGCUGGCAGGACCUGAAGGAUUUGUUCAGGCAAGCAGCCCGCACUGGCGGUGUCAUCCGCGCCGACGUCCACCUGGGCCCCGACGGACGACCCAAGGGAUCCGGCAUCGUAGUCUUCGAAACCCCCGACGAUGCUCGAAACGCUAUCCAGCAGUUCAAUGGCUAUGACUGGCAGGGUCGCAUUCUCGAGGUCCGUCCCGACCGCUUCGCAAACUCCGGAAUGGGCUUUGGUGGUCGAGGAGGCUUCGGCGGCCGCGGCGGCUUCGGCGGCGGCUUCGGUCGCGGCGGCUUUGGCGGAGGCCGUGGCGGCUUUGGCGGGGGCUACGGACAAGGUGGGCGUGGCGGUGGCUUCGCCGCUGGAGGUGGCUUCGACAACAAUGCGGCUGCUUCUGUCCCGCCCAACCCCUUCACCGAUUUUGCUACAGCGGGUACCGAGAGGAGCGAGAUCAUCUACGUGCGGAACCUUCCCUGGUCCACCAGUAACGAGGACCUGGUCGAGCUGUUCGGGACGAUCGGUAAAGUUGAGCAGGCCGAGAUCCAAUACGAACCGAGCGGUCGCUCCCGAGGAACUGGUGUUGUCCGAUUCGAUGCUGCCGAGACAGCUGAUACUGCCAUAUCCAAGUUCCAAGGAUACCAGUAUGGUGGCCGUCAGCUCGGGCUCAGCUACGUCAAGUACCUCCAACCCGGCGGGGGUGACGCAAUGGACACCGACCACGGUGGCAUGACCCAGAGCGACAUAAUGUAG